GUCCAUGAAUCAGGCUGACAAUCCUCACCAAAUCAUGCCAACUUGCAAUCAUAACGAAUAUUGUUUAUUCACUAAUGACCCGAAGGAACCACGAGCGCUUUUUUGUCAAAAAUACGCAUCCAACUGUGUUGCCUGCAUCACCGAGUUAAUUUGUGACUUUGAUUUACGAACCGAGGAGAAAGAGGUCUUCGUGGCGUACACAGUGAAGAAUUUCCACAACAAGCAUACAACUGGCAUUCCCCCAAAGACUACUGUACAAAUUUUGACCAAAGCACUGGAAAUUUUCACGAUGGAAUUGGAUGUCGAUUCCUUCAGGCUGGUCGACUGCAUACUUUCAGUCGUCGAAGCAUUUUUGAGUUUGCUACCCAGAGAUGAACACAUUUAUCUCGCUGCGAUUCGUCCAGCCCUGAAACUGCUUUUACUGAAGGAUAUUCGUGAUCAAUUUGUUCUCAAUUUGUUCUCCCUAAUGUGCCUUUUUGCAUAUUGCGCGGAGCAGGAGUGGAGGCAGUUACCUGGGCUCAUAAUGAAGACCGCAGAAAAGUAUAUGUCUUCCGAACAAGAAACAAUAGUUGGUCUUUGUCUGUACUGCCUCGGUUUAUGCCUCCGUAUCACAUCCAUUACCGAGGACCAUGAGUUAUCUUGUGCAGAGAAUAUCAUGGGCGCUAUGUUUAGGCUAAAAAGAAGCGAUCCUGUGGUACUGAACGGCUUGAGUUGCCUGUGCUACAUAAUCACCAAGUCGCGCAACCCCACAUUACUCACAUCGUCCAAACUUUUCCCUGGAGUUAUGCGUUCACUUCUGAAUUCUAACAAAUCAACCACUCAAAGCGAAGUUUUGACUUUAUUGAGGAUAGUUCUAAGGAGUGGCAGCCUUUGUACAGUUGUUAAACACUUCAGUAAUGCGGGUUUGAUCGGUAGGCUUGUAAGCAAUGACCGCAUAUCAGCCUUGCCACGGUUAUUAUCGACUUUGGAAUAUCUGUUGGACAAUAAAAAGCAACAAGCAAUAAAAUAUAUCAAACUGUUAUCCACUUUUCUGUUAAAGUACCACGGGGCCAUGGAUCUGAUACUCUCCAUGUCUGUACAAGACCGCCUUCUGUCAGUUGUCAUUAGGUUACUGAGUUCAAGCAGUGCAAGCUACUACCACAUUGGUCUAGUGAGCAUCUGUCAUGCACUCAGGUCUCGCAGACUUGUUUUUCACACCUCUUCCCAUAAUUUAGCAAAACUCAUUGAAGCUGCUGACAAGGGAUCUAAUGGUCAUAUUUCAUCAAGGACUACUGCGGAUGCGACUGGCCUGGAGCUACUUUCUUUACAUGUGAACUUUGUUUUUCUGAUUCACAAAAAAGCUACACAUUCACAACUUUUAAUCGACGGCUGUCACUCUUACUGUGUUCCGGAUACGGUAGAAAUUUCGGAGCGAUUGACGCAACUUGAAGGGGAGAAAACCUCACAAUGUUUUGCGUGCAUCCUACCCAUCUUUCUGCGAAUAUGCAUCACUUUGCACAAACAUAUUAACCUAAGAAAAUUGCAAGACACAGUGCCUUUUGGAUGUGUAUCCGAAGAACCCUCGGACAAGCAUCUGUACCCCGUUUGCCAACAGGAUGGCGCUGGCAAAUUGCAAAGUGAAUCAGUGAGCUUUUCACAGCUGAUCGCCUUGCUGGUUGGGGGCGAGGCUAUGCGAUGCUUCAGCUCUGAUGCAAAUCUGAAGACGGCUCUGUCUUCCUGCUUUGAAGAUCGUACCGAAAUACUGCAGUCUCUUGCAAUACUUAAGACUGGUUCGGAGUACCUGGACGGUGAGUUUCGUUGA